UAGCAUAGAAAAUUUUCAGCACAUACGAAAGCCCGCAAAGCGAUUUAAAUUUGCAAUUAAUAGAGUUGUGAAAAAAAUUAUAAAAGUGCGAUUUAAUAUACAAUUCAUAGCAACAAUGUAGUGCACAAUAUGUAUGUAUAUAAUUGUUACAGUGCAAUUUCAAUAGAGUGCGGGCAACUUUGUAACUAAUGCACUUGAUGACACUUCCCUUUAAAUAUGGCGGCAAGCACCGUUAAAAUGACGCAAGCGUAUUUCAAUUCAAUUGCUCAUUAAAACAAAACCAAUAGCUGAGAUUGAAAUCAAAUGUUUGACGUUCACAAUAAAUAAAGCAAAAAGGGGUGGAAUGGAGCACACAAGGAGUCGCAUCGUAAAAUGUUAUUCAAAUGGGAGCAUUACUUGGCCACCAGUGUUCAGUGUUACCAAAUCAGCCAUUUUCCCGACAGAUCUGGCUUUUUUCAAAGGACAGCAGAUGUUUGAAAACAGCUAGAAAACGUGAUUGACAACACUGCUGGGUGCAACAAUGUUUGCUUAACGGCUAAUUAAAAUGAUUAACUCGGCACCUUUAUCUGCCAGCCAGAUCAUGAUUCCUCCUUCUAGCCGAGCUCAGCUCAGUCCAGCUGUAAUUCAAGCAGGAAGCAGACACCGAUGAUGAAUGUGAGCGAAAUCUAUGCCAGCUACUUGGAGAGUACCCUGAUUGGAGUCCAGCGGGAGGAGGCGAAUCUGUAUGUGGUGCGUGCGCUGCGUCACGUCAUCCAGGAUGUGUUUGCCCAGCUGAGUCCGACACUGGUGAUAAUGGCAGCCACACGCUCCAGCAUGCUGGACACUUGGUUUCAGCAUGUCAUUGGCGUCUUGUUGAGCACAUGGAGCGAUGGCACCGUCCAAAUGCUGCGCGCAAAUGGCACACGAAGUGUCCAUGUACCUGGGCGGAAGUAUUGCAAUCUGUUGCUUGUCGACUCCUACGAGAGUUUACUUGAUACACGCAUUGCGGAGGACAAUGCGGGCUACGAUGAUCACGAGUAUUAUUUCAUCUUUCUGCAGACUCGCGAUCAAUACAUCGAACGCGAGCGGCAGCUGAUCCUGGAAUACUGUCUGGCACAUUAUUGGCUCAACUGCAACGUGAUGGUGCAGACGGCAAAGGUGGAGGUGCUAGUCUAUAGCUAUUAUCCGUAUCGGGAGCAGCGUUGUCAGCUGGCCGAGGCGCAGCUAGUGAAUCGCUUCGAUGGCCAGCGGAUGAUCAAUGCUCCCAUGUUUCCCAACAAGCUGCGUCAGCUCUCCCAAUGUCCGCUCACGCUGCUGCUGUGGCACAUGCCACCGUAUGUGGAGCUCAGUCCGGGACGCACUGCCGGCGGCUUUGAGAUGCAAUUGGUGCAACAUUUGGCGCAGCGUCUCAACUUUAGUGUGGUGCUGCACAAGCUGCAUCUGCUGCGAGUGGAUCAGUACAAACUGGCCAUGGCCAAUGGCAGCAUUAAUGGACCAAUUGAAUUAAUAAUGCAGCAACGCGUCAACAUGAGCAUUGGCUAUUUCCGUAAGACAGCGCGACGGGAUCAACUGAUGACCUCGACGCCAGCUCACUAUUAUGCUCCCCUGGUGGCCGUUGUGGAGAGCGACAACUUUCGCUUUGGCCGCCUUGCCUGGCUCACGUUCCCCUUUCAGUGGCCAGUGUGGCAAACGCUGCUCGCCGCCUUGUUGCUGCAUUGGAGCGUCUAUGUGUGGCACUGGCGACGCUUGGGAUUGCAGGUGGUGGAGCUGCUGCUGGGCGUGGCAGUGCCACGACUCCCACGCUGCUGGCUGCAGCGUCUUGUCUACGCGCAUUGGCUGCUGGGCAGCAUUCCGCUGCGCAUCGUUUAUCAGUCGCUGUUGUUUCACUUUAUGCGUCUGCAACUGUUCGAGACGCUGCCCAGCUCGUUUGAGCAGCUGCUGUCGUCCAACUUCCGUGCGUUUUGCACCUCGAACACGCUGCAAAUGCUCCGUGAGAUGCCGCAAGUGGAUCGCCACUAUGACAGCUUCACGGGCCUGACUACGUCGUAUGAUCAAAAUGUCCUUGAUGCACUGCAGCGUAAUCGCAGCAUCGGCAGGCGUUCGUUUGCUAUUGCUGGACUGGAUGUGACCAAAGCGCAUCUGCGUGACACGGGCCAAGAGGAGAACUAUCACAUAUUGACGCAGUACGUCAAUGUCCAGCAGGUGGUCAUCUAUAUGCCCAAGCAUACGUAUUUCUAUUCGGAAUUUACGAAUUUAAUACGUCGACUUGAUGCCAGUGGCUUUAUUGACUUUUGGCGACGAGCCACCUUUGCUGAGUCCGUGCAUCGCAACCAAAGGCGGGAGGAUAACGAGGAGGAAUUGCAGCAGCAGGAGCACAAGCGGCGCAUUCACGAAACCCAGCUAACUGCCAUUUAUGGUGUAAUGGGCAGUUUGUACGCUAUUGCAGCGUUGAUUUUCUGCCUGGAACUGCUGAUCCAUCGACUAUUCAAGAAGACAUAGAAAUGUGUAUUUAUGUAUGUAUGUAUUUCCCAUAAUAUUUGUUGUGUAGUUCCCCAAUCAAUUAGUGUUGACAUAGGUCACGGAUUGGGGAAUUUCAAAAUAUCGAUAUUUAUAAAUAUAUUAAUUUCAGUGAUUUUUCUAUUUUAAUUCUAAUUUAUUUUCAGAAUAGUUCGAAUGGUUUCCUUGCAAAAAUAUAAACAAUUUAAAUCUUUUUUCUGAUGAAUGGCAACCUUGUCAGAGGUGGCAACGCUGCCACUAUCGGCAUGAGAAAACAUCUGUGUGUGUUCCAAUCGAGUAGCGGGCUUUUUCGCCCAUAGAUCAACGGUCACACUGAAGCAUUGAACAGCAACAAUUGCAUUGCGUAGAAAAAUAAAAAAAGACCGUUUGGCUAAUUCAACGCAGUAAUUUGUAUUAAUCAAAUCCAGAAUACGCGCCAAUAAAACACAACAAUCCGAUACAAGCAAAUAAAAAUAAUU